CCAAGCAUUUUAAAUUAUGGCUAAAUGCCCAUCUAUUUUAAUAAACUCGCCGGUAGCUCCCUGCCAUCUGCCGCGGAUAAUCGUCAAUUGUACUUCUCCUUCCCUUCCGAAUUUCUUCAAAUUUGCAGCGGUUUCACAUCGCCAUAAACGCUCAUCAGCUUCGUUCUCUACAGUAUCCUCUUUUUCUUCCAUGGACAGUCCGCCUGAGGGUUACCGUAGAAACGUUGGCAUUUGUCUCAUGAGCCCUUCUGUCAAAAAGAUCUUUGCUGCCUCGAGGCUUGACAUGCCGAAUGCUUGGCAAAUGCCUCAGGGAGGCGUAGAUGAGAAUGAAGAUCCAAGAGAUGCUGCCAUCCGAGAACUAAGAGAAGAAACUGGAGUCACUUCUGCAGAAAUCAUUGCUGAGGUGCCACACUGGUUAACAUAUGAUUUCCCACUCCAUGUUAGAGAAACACUCAACCAGCGAUGGGGUUCUGACUGGAAAGGUCAAGCACAGAAGUGGUUCCUCUUUAAGUUCACUGGAAAGGACGAGGAAGUCAAUCUUCUUGGUGAUGGGACUGAGAAGGCUGAAUUUGGAGAGUGGUCUUGGAUGUCACCCGAACAAGUUGUUGAUCGUGCUGUGGAUUUCAAGAAGCCGGUCUACAAAGAAGUUAUUUCAGUUUUUGCUCCAUUUCUUCAGUAGCUCUGGGGAUGUGUCAGUCAGGUCUGCAUCCUCUCCAUAAUGGAUCAUGGCAUGCAAUCAGACUAUCAGAGUGUUCCAUGGGCAAGAUGGAGAGCCAAAUAAAGUCCCAAGAACAAUUUUUCCAAGUCUGUAUCUUAUUCUCUUGAUGAACUGUAUAUGGCUGGUAUGUUAUAGAGAUAGAAUGAGGACCUACCAUCAUUUAUGAUAUUAACUUUAUGCCAUCAACCCCAUCAGGAUAUUAUUGUAAUAUUGUUAUAGAAAAGGCUGCCCUGUUUGGCUGCAUUGAUCGGCUUCUUCUGAAUAUGAAUAUAUGAUGUAUCGAACUUCUCUACCCCGUCAGUGACUCAGAUUCAACAAGGGGACAAUGUUUUAUGUUCAUCUAGAUCUACUACGUACGAGUAUUAUUUAUAAUCUUUAUUUUUGAACAAUGCUCAUAGGUUUCAUCCAUGGACUACGAUAUAUGAUUGAUUGUUUGUGCAAU